GGCGGCGCCGGGCGCGCUCAGGCCCUGCCGCUCCCCGGGGAACAUGAAACGAGGCCGCCUGCCCAGCAGCAGCGAGGACUCGGACGACAAUGGCAGCCUGUCCACCACCUGGUCCCAGAGCUCGCGGUCCCAGCACAGGAGAAACUCCUGCUCCAGACACGAAGACCGGAAGCCCUCAGAGGUGUUCCGGACAGACCUGAUCACCGCCAUGAAGCUGCACUCCCACCAGCUGAGCCCCGAUGAGUACUGCGUGCUGGCCGACCCCUGGAGGCAGGAGUGGGAGAAGGGCGUGCAGGUGCCCGUGAGCCCCGGGACCAUCCCGCGGCCCGUGGCCAGGCUCGUGUCUGAGGAGAAGUCCCUCGUGUUCAUCAGGCCCAAGAAGUACAUUGUGUCCUCGGGCUCGGAGCCCCCGGAGCUGGGCUACGUGGACAUCCGGACGCUGGCCGAUAGCGUGUGCCGGUACGACCUCAACGACAUGGACGCCGCGUGGCUGGAGCUGACCAACGAGGAGUUCAAGGAGAUGGGGAUGCCGGCGCUGGACGAGCACACCAUGGAGCGGGUGCUGGAGGCGUUCGAGCAGCACUGCUAUGACAACAUGAGCCACGCCAUCGAGACAGAGGAGGGGCUGGGCAUCGAGUACGACGAGGACGUGGUCUGUGACGUCUGCCAGUCCCCGGAUGGCGAGGACGGCAACGAGAUGGUCUUCUGCGACAAGUGCAACAUCUGUGUGCACCAGGCCUGCUAUGGGAUCCUCAAGGUGCCGGAGGGCAGCUGGCUGUGCCGGACGUGUGCCCUGGGCGUCCAGCCCCGCUGCCUGCUCUGCCCCAAGAAGGGCGGCGCCAUGAAACCCACGCGCAGCGGCACCAAGUGGGUCCACGUCAGCUGUGCCCUGUGGAUCCCCGAGGUCAGCAUCGGCAGCCCCGAGAAGAUGGAGCCUAUCACCAAGGUGUCCCACAUCCCCAGCAGCCGGUGGGCGCUGGUGUGCAGCCUCUGCAGCGAGAAGUUCGGCGCGUCCAUACAGUGCUCCGUGAAGAACUGCCGCACGGCUUUCCACGUGACCUGCGCCUUCGACCAGGGCCUGGACAUGAGGACCAUCUUGGCGGAGAAUGACGAGGUCAAGUUCAAGUCCUACUGCCCCAAGCACAGCUCCCGCCGCAAGCACGAGGAGGGCCUGGGCCCGGGGCCGGCGGCGGAGAACGGGGCGGCGCCGCCGGAGCCCUUGGCGGGCCGGGCGCAGGCCCAGGAUGAGGGGCCGCGGGGCAGCGCGCGCAAGCAGAAGCUGCAGCAGCUGGAGGAUGAGUUCUACACCUUCGUGAACCUGCUGGACGUGGCGCGGGCCCUGCGGCUGCCCGAGGCGGUGGUGGACUUCCUCUACCAGUACUGGAAGCUCAAGCGCAAGGUCAACUUCAACAAGCCGCUCAUCACGCCCCGGAAGGACGAGGAGGACAACCUGGCCGAGCGGGAGCAGGACGCCCUGUUCCGGCGGCUGCGGCUGUUCACGCACCUGCGGCAGGACCUGGAGAGGGUAAUGACCGACCCCGACACCCUGUAGGGGCCUAGAGAACAGGGGCCGCUGGGACCCACGCGCGC